AUGGCCCGCGAUCGCGGCCCGCCCGUGCUGCGGCAACCGCCCCCGGUCGCUUCUGCUCCGCGCUCCCCUGCCGCCGCCCUGCCCGCCGAGGCCCGCGGCUGGGGCUGGCUGGGAGCCGGGCUGUGGCCGGCGCUGCUGAUGGGGCUGCUGGCCGCGCUGCUCGCCUGGCUCUGGUACGGCAGCGGGGACGGCCGGGGAGAGGAGGGCGGCGGUGAGGCGGCUCCGGUGCGGGGCGGCAGCGAGGGGUCCCAGUGCGAGGCGGAGGCUGCAGGGGGUCUUCUGAAGAGUGGUGGGCAACUGCCCGAGGCCGCGGCUGCUGUCCUGACAAGCCCUGGGAAGCCAGGAGAGGAUGUGGUGGAUGUGGCAAAGGAAGAGCUUAACCAUCUUCAAAGUGACAAACCUCUGGAGAUGGAGCAGCUGCUCCCCGUGCAGGGUGCCACCGACUCCAGGGAGCAUCCAGCUGAUCCGCAGGACAGCCAGGCAGGUGACCUGAGCCCCCAGAUGGGACAAGCAAGUGAUGGAUGGUGUGUGAUGAACUUGGCAGGAGUAUCUGAUGAUGUCUGUAAGGACGGAAGUGAGGAGCAGCCAGUUGAGAAUAAGGACUUGGACCGUGAGGAGUGGGAAGUUGUUUCUGAGCACGUGGCCUGGGGGGAGGCUGGCAAGAGUGGCAGCCUGGAAGACUCGGACAGCAAGGAAUGGGAACAGGGAGACUGCCCUGAUGGGGACCUGAAAGCCAAGAGGGUUGCAGCUGUGCCCCCCAUGUUCCAGAACAUCUACGUGACUUUCCGGGUGCACUACUUCACGCACUCGGCUGCCCAGCUGCUUGGUGUCACUGGUGACCACGAGUGUCUUGGCCAGUGGCACAGCUACGUUCCCCUCAAGUACGAUAAGGAUGGCUUCUGGUCUGAGUCUAUUAGUCUGCCAGUAGACACCAGAAUGGAGUGGAAAUUUAUCCUGGUGGAAGAUGGGAAGGUGAGACGUUGGGAAGAAUGCAGCAAUAGGACCUUAGUGACUACACAUGAAGAUCAAAUAGUUCAUCAGUGGUGGGGGUACCAUUAAUGGGAUUUUGGAAGCUACUUAACCAAUGGCAAACCUGCUUAGAUUAAUCACAGAGCCCCUAAACUUCACCCCUUCUUCAGCAGAAGACCCUCUCAAGUGCAGAGCUCUGUAAAUCCCGUAUUGAGCCUGGUUAAACCAUGUGAGCUGCAGAUCUCUGCCAUCCCCUUUAGGAAAUCAUUGGGCAGCCUGAGAAAUCAACUUCAGACAUCUUCUGAAGAUGUGCAAGGUAGGCUCUGAAGGCAAGAACAGCUUCCAAGCAGCUGCCUGCCUGAGUAAAUCAGGGCCUUGGACUUGAUGUUGCUUUGAGUUGGGACUGUGGGAUGCAUCUUUGUACCAACUGCUUAGGGCUUUGGAAGCACAGUGAGGAGUGUGGUUACCUACACUGUAAUAGGAACCUAAGUGUUUUAACUUAUGUAAUGUGUUAAGUGAACAAUAAACACUUUCAGACUGAC